CUACACAAUUAAUACGAGUAAGAUAAUGCGCAUUUUCAGACAUUCAUUCAUUUGAUUGAUUGACUUUGAUGGCUGUGUGUGUGAGAGAGUGCGAGCAAAACAAAAAGCAAAACAGAACCAAAUCACACACACACAUCGACGAGCCAACUAAUCAAUCAUCAAUCGACACACUCGCACACACACACUGCCAAUGCUCGCUUCAUCUCCAUCAACGAUUCAUUUCGAUAUUGGCGCUUGAAGAGGGAGCACAAAACCGCUGGUUGGCAGAGGUGGAGGACAGCAACAACAACAAAAACAGCUGGAUUUCAUCAAGCAUUUCGGCCCUACCCAUUCGAUGACAUCUGGUCUGCCGGAUCGCUUCAGUGCAGGAAAGCGCCAGUUCUGGCGUGAGUUCCUCGCGCUCUAUCAGGGCAUGCCGGAGCUGUGGGAUGCCCACCAUAUCAACUAUCGUAAUAAGGAGCUCCGGAAUCGAGCCUACGAGCUCCUGGAGACGAAGCUCCGAGAGAUUCAGCCAAAUGCCACGCGCACCGAGGUGGGAAGACGCAUCAACAUCUUUCGGACCAAUUACAGGCGCGAGCAGUUGCGAAUCCUCAAGCAGAAGGAGCUCGGUCUGCAUUCGGAUCUGUGCAAGCCAACGUUGUGGUUCUACGACUAUAUGGGUUUUCUGUUGACCCAGGAUACGUUUCAGCACAGGACGAGGAAGGGACGGACGACGAAAGCAAGUGGGAAGCAGAGAUUUAGCUUCCGGUGUUCCAAAGAAGUAACUGCAGAUCCGCCGGACAGCGUGUGCGAUUGGCAGAUGAAGGAUAGCACAGUCUCCAAUUACCUGCCUGAGCCAGCUACCCCGCAAUCGGAGGAAGCCUCCUUACUUAGCCCGAAGGUGGAGAUAAUCGAAGCGGACGAGGGCAACCCCACGCAUGGAAUGGAAGUUACGGAUGAUCUCAAGGAGGAAGCAAAUAUGUCAGAUAUUCCGGGGAGUACAGAACCCACCUGUUCCACGCACCAUGAAGAUGCCGUCAACGGUGGAGUGAGCAUUCGAAAUCAAAGCCUUAGCGAAUCCUCUGAAGUGCUGGCCAAAUCCUGGGCCAUUCAGUAUGAGGAAAUGUCUCCCACGCAGCGUAUCCUGGCGCGGAAGGCCAUUGCGGAUAUACUCUUCGAGGGUUGCAUGGGAAAUCUGCGAAUAAAUCGCGGCGAACCAAGGAAUACUGUGGGCAAUUAUCUGUAAUUUUUGGAAAAACUAUUACUAUUGUUUAUUCCCUAAAAUGUUAUAUCGCCAAAAGAAAUCAAGCUGAUUUUCCAUUAAUAUUUUGAGAAGAGUUAGUAUAAGCCUAUAAUCGAAAUAAUCUUUAUUUUUAAAAUACAACUCAGGCCAUUAUUAUUA